AUGGCACCAUCAACACGCAGGCUGAUGGUCCAGCGCCCAUGGUCCAAGGCUUCUAAAGCAUGUCUGCUUCACGCCAACCCAAUAUGCCCAAUAGGCAUCCGCCACUCAUCAUCGUCAUCAAUACCGACUGAGACAACAACAACAGCAGCAGCAGCAGAAGAAGAAGAAGAAGAGCCCGCCGAGACGCGCAAGAGCCCAUACGGACCAUGGCGCAAGCUACCCCCAACCGAGCCCCUGCGCAUCCUCUUCUGCGGCUCAGACGAGUUCAGCUGCCCCUCCCUGAGGGCACUGCACAGGCUGCAGGCCGACAAGCCCAAGCUCAUCAGGUCCAUCGACGUGCUGGUGCGGCCGGGCAAGCCCGCAGGGCGGGGCAUGAAGCGCAUCGCGACGGGGCCUCUGUUCGACCUGGCCGAGGUGCUCGGGCUCCCGGUCCACAAGCGCGACACCUUCACGGGGUGGGAGCUGCCGCUGCCGGGCCACGUGCGGCACCAUGUGACGGGCGAGGUGCUGCGGCACCCGGCGGCCCACGAGAACUCGCAGCACCAGCCCUUCAACCUGAUCGUGGCCGUGAGCUUCGGGCUGUUCGUGCCCCCGCGCAUCCUGCGCUCCGUGCGCUUCGGCGGGCUCAACGUCCACCCGUCCAUGCUGCCCGACCUGCGCGGGCCCGCGCCCCUGCAGCACGCCCUGCUGCGCCGGCGGGCCCACGUCGGCGUCACCCUGCAGACCCUGCACGAGCUGCACUACGACCGCGGCUCCGUCCUCGCCCAGACGCCCUGGCCGGGCCUGCCCGUGCCCGAGGGCUGCGACGUGCGCGGGCUGCACGACAUGCUUGCCGACAAGGGCGCCGAGCUCCUCGCCGGCGCCCUCCAGAGGCGCGUCUUCGUGCCGCCGCUGCAGUUCGCAGGCUGGGAGCCCACGCAUGAGGACCUGGACCGCGGGCUCGUCGUGGACGCGCCCAAGGUGUCCAAGGCCGACUCCAUGGUCGACUGGGCCUGCGGGACCUGGGGCAGGGACAAGACGCUGUACCCGGAGGGGUGGACCGCCCAGGACCUGGCGGCGAGGUUUCGCGCCGUGGGCGUCAAGCUCGACCGUGGGGCGAGCAACACGGGCCUGUGGACGCAUGCCAUCACUGCCAAGAACCCGCACGAGAAGAGGCUCAUCUUCGAGGACGUCGAGGCCGUCGAGUGUCCUGAGACCCUGAGGGAGGUCGUGCUCACGAUCGCGCAGGCCAAGUUGUCAGGGCUGCCGCCGUGGCUGGUAGAGCAGUCAAGGAACCGGCGGUUGCCACCAAAGACCCAGACGGCAGUCUUUGAACAGAAGGAUCCUCUCGAUGUAAAUGGCCCGACCGAGUUCAGGGUGCCGUACCUGAUGGACGAGCACGGUGCAGUCACAAUCCCCAUCAAGGUACCAUAUCGCAUCAUCGACGGGCUUGUAAAUUCCGCCCACCAAGAGGGCCAGCUGGAUGCCAUCAGGAUCAAAAGAAUCAAGGUUGAGGGCGCCAAGAGCAAGGAGGCCGCCCAUGCUAUUUCUGAGUUCAAGGAGGCCCACGUAACGGUGAGGGAUAUCUCGCUGAUGGAAUACAGCAUGGAAACCAUCACCAGACUCGUCGGGUAA